AUGAAUGAUCCAGUUUCUAAUACUAACGAUCUCAACAAAGAAAAUAUUUCUAUUGAUGAAAAUUGGAAAUUACGUUAUUUAAGUCAUGAGGAUUUACCUGCUAUCAAAACAAUAUGUAAAGAAAGUUUUCCGGUUCAGUAUCCUGAUACAUGGUAUCAAGAAGUAGUUGAUGGAGCAUUUAUAUCUUUUGGAUAUUUUUAUAAUGAUAUUCUUGCAUCUUUAAUGAUUUGUGAAAUAAAACAAAUAAAAGAGUAUGAAGCUGAAGAUCAAAAACUUCUCUCCGAUUAUAAUGGUUUUGCACUUUACAUACUUAGUCUUGCAGUUAAAACUGAGUUUCGUAGGAAAGUAUUAAAAGAAAAUACUCAUGUUAGUGUAGUUUUUUUACAUGCAUUAACCCAUAAUUAUGGUGCUAUAAAAUUUUAUAAGAAAAAUGGUUUUAAAAUUCACACAACUUUAAGAAAUUAUUAUUUAAUAGAUGGAAUAUAUUAUGACGGGUAUACUUUUGCAUGUUAUGUUAAUGGAUACAAUGAUUUUAAAUGGUGUUUAGAAGCGAUGAAAGUUUUUACAUCCUGGAUUUUUUGUCCAUUGAGAUCCUUGAUAAAACAUGUAUUCAUGUGA